AUGAUGGAUACGAGUGUCUUUACCGAAGAGCAGUUAACAGUACGAGACGCAAUUCAGAAGAUCUGUGCUCAAUUUCCCAACGAAUACUGGCAACAGCAUGACCAGUCCGAGACUGACCCCAAAGAAUUGCACGCCGCCUUAGCUGCUGAUGGAUGGCUUGGAAUAGCGCUGCCCGAGGAGUUUGGAGGCGCAGGGCUGGGUAUUUCCGAAGCGACAAUGAUGUUGCAAACUAUAUCUCAAUCAGGAGCCGGAAUGGCGGGAGCUCAAUCCAUCCAUGCCAACGUCUACGCCACACAGCCACUGGCCAAGUUCGGCAACAAGGACCAACUGCAGUCGACUAUCCCCAACAUCAUCAGUGGUAAAUGGAGAGUCUGCUUUGGCGUCACCGAGCCCAACACAGGUCUUGACACUCUCAGACUGAAGACGACGGCCACUCGCCAAAAGAUCUGGAUUACUUGCGCCCAAGUGGCUUCAAAGAUGAUCCUGCUAGCACGAACCACCCCGUUAGAAGAGGUCAAGAAGCCGAGCGAGGGUUUGUCUUUGUUUUGCAUAGAUAUCGACAGAUCUAAUCCGGCUUUGGAGCUCAAAAAAAUCAAGAAGAUGGGUGGCAGGGCGGUAGACGCCAAUGAGGUGUUCUUUGACCAUUACGAAGUCCCGGCAGAUACCUUGAUCGGAGAGGAAGGUCAGGGAUUCAAAAUCAUUCUUCAUGGUAUGAAUGCGGAACGUUGUCUUCUGGCAGGAGAAGCACUGGGGUUGGGAUAUGCCGCGCUAGAAAGGGCUGCCAGAUACGCACGAGAGCGAGUCGUAUUUGGAAGACCAAUUGGCAAGAAUCAGGCUAUUGCUCACCCUCUUGCCGAUGCCUAUGUCAACCUGGAAGCGGCCAAACUGGCUACCUAUCACGCGGCCCGACUGUACGACCGAAGCAGGACAGACAAGACCGUCAGCCCACAUGCAGUAGGAGUUGCAUGCAACAGCGCGAAAUACCUAGCUGCCGAGGCUGCGUUCAAAGCGUGUGAAAGGGCAGUCAUGACUCACGGUGGUAUGGGAUAUGCUAUGGAGUAUGAUGUUGAGAGAUGGCUGAGGGAAUGCCUUGUACCGCGGAUCGCGCCAGUUAGUCGUGAGAUGAUUUUGAAUUUCGUCAGUGAGAAGGUCUUGGAUUUACCGCGGAGUUAUUGA